CUAUACACAUGACGUAGCUGUGAUGUUACCCCAUACGAACAUCAACACAUAAGAGCAUCAACCACCAGCAACAAUCCCACCAAAUAAGCAUCUUACUUAACACUUGGUUUGGUUUUCGAAUCCAAAAUGAAGAUCGCUCUCCUCGGCCCAACAGGGCAGAUCGGCCAAGCGAUCAUGCGCGCCCUCCUCACCACCACUCCCCAUCAUGUCCUUCAGAUCGCCGCACCGCAAUCCGAGUCCUCCGCACGCGAUCAAGUCAAGAGCUUCACAUCCGACCAGAGUCAACGUCUGUCAACUGCAGUCGUCGACCUCCUUUCCGCCACACCCGAGGAUCUCACCCCCCAUCUGACCGGCGUCGAGAUCGUGAUCAGCGCUCUGAACGGCAAAGCACUGGCCGCGCAACGAGCCGUCCAAGACGCCGCGGCCCACGCAGGCGUCAAACGCUUCUACCCGAGCGAGUAUGGGAUGCACCACAUCUACCGCCCCCCAGGAGAGGAUGAUCAAAUGGGAUACUUACAUCCUAUAUGGAACCUCAAAUCCACCACCACCGAGCAAUGCCUCCACCACCCGGCCAUCCUUGCCGGCAAGAUGAGCUACACCUUAAUCGGCUGCGGCGACUUCUACAACCAAUCCCGCGAAACCACCUGGUGUCCCUGGGUCAACCCCGAUCCGCCCGACACCUACACCCUCCACAUCCUGGGGGACGCGGACGCCAGGGUCGACUUCACGCACAUCGACGACCUCGCCGCCUUCCUCGUGGAGACCGUCCAGCACUCCGAGAUAUCCGCGAACCGCACGCUGAACUUUGUGAGUGAUCGCAUCUCGUACAACGAGAUUGCGGCGCUGUUGGAGCGGUUCUCGAGCAGGACGGUCAAGAAAGAGGUGUGGCCGCUCGAGGUGAUGCACCGGGUGUGGAGGGACCCCGAGGGGGCGAUCCCGCCAGAGGUGAAGGGGAAGAGUGUCUUCCCGGAUGACUUUUGGAUUCUGGUCAAGGGGAUGCAGGGGGCGGGCCGGUUUGUGAGGCCGCCGGGCGAGGUGCACAAUGGGCUUUUUCCGGGGGUCGAGGUCAGGACCUUUGAGAGGUAUUUUGGGGAGAUGUUUGGGGAGAAAGAUGUAGAGAUGUAA